GAUAUCAAUGAAUCAUAAGCCUCCUCGGUCCCUCCUCUCUUACCCAUUUAUGACCACAUUAAUCAUUCCCUUAAUAACCCCUUUUCUUUUUAAUUAAUUCAUUUUUACUCUCUCUCUCUAUCUAUAAAUAACGCUUCACGCCCCCACUCCAUCUUCAACCAUCUUUCUCUACAAUUUCAAAUUAACAAUUCACCCCCUUUCUAGCUAACAAUGGCGGCUAGCCGAGAGCCCUUCAAUGUUUUACCUCACUCCGCCGCUCCGGUGGCCCAUCAUCAACAAUUACAGCAGCAGCAACACUCCCCAUGGCAUUCCCCUGUUCCUUACUUAUUCGGUGGCUUGGCCGCUAUGUUAGGACUCAUCGCUUUUGCCCUUCUAAUCCUCGCUUGCUCUUACUGGAAACUCUCUGGUUACCUAGAUGGUAGCGACGCUGCCAACCGAGAACCCGACUUGGAGGCUGGAGCCGACGACACCCAGAAACAAGCUUCCCCUGUUUUUGAAGAGAAAAUCUUGGUUAUUAUGGCCGGAGAAAUGAAGCCCACGUAUUUGGCUACACCCAUGUCUAGUAGAUCAUCUUCUUUUGGGGAUACCAAAAGUAAUACUAGUUGUAGUAGUAAGGGCAGUAGUACCGGCGACAAGGAGGAGAAAUCGGUGGGUUUAACGGAGACGGUGAAACACAGCACAGCAGACCAGGAGAAACAGAGUAUAGAUAACAGAGAAACUCCUGAAUCUUCAGAUCCGAUGACUCAUUAACAUUUUUUUUUUUUUAAAUUUGAUUUUGUUUUUGUUGGGCACUCAUAUGUGUGUCGUGUUCCGCCAUUAAUAUAUAUAGAUAGAGAGAGAGAGAGAGAGAGAGAGAGAGAGAGAGAGUGGACAGCUAGCUCGUAAUUUGUUCUGAAAGGUUUUGGGAAUUUUUCGAUCAGAAAAAAGCCUGAAAUUGAAGAACAAGAAAGACGAGCUUUGCUAUUAAAUUCUUAACUUGAUGAUGAGAUUUUUUUCCCUCUCGGAAAUCUGUAAAUCUAUUAUGAGACGGAAUGAAUCCCUUUUUUUUUUGUUUUCCCUGUUUGAACAAGAAACUUAAAUUUAGUAAAUGAAUAGUGAAUGGAAUUUGUAA